AUGAAUUUCAAGGAGAAACAUGAAGAAGGGUACUUUACCCAACGUCCACCUAUGUUCAAUGGUAAGUUUUAUGCCUACUGGAAGAACAGGAUGGAGAUAUUCAUCAAGGCUGAAAAUUACCAGGUUUGGCGUGUAAUUGAAACUGGUGAUUUUGAAAUAACUCAAACCAAUGACAAACAUGAGGCAAGGAAGAUCUUAAGAAGCCUACCACAGGAUGAACGCUGGAGAUCCAAGGUUACUGCUAUGCAGGAAGCUAAGGACUUCACCAAGUUUAAUAUGGAACAACUAGCUGGAUCAUUGAUGACUCAUGAACUUCACCUGAGUUCCAAUACUGAAAGUUUCAGAAGUAAAAGUCUUGCACUCAAGGCUCAAAACUCAGAAGAAUCAGAAGUUGAUGAGGAAGAGAUGGCUAUGCUAGUUAGGAGGUUUAAGAAGAUGAUGAACAAUAGGAAGUUUGACAGGAACAAGAAGUACACAAGUUCCAGAAACACAACGUGUUUCAAGUGUGGAUCAAAGGAUCAUUUUAUCAAAGAUCGUCCUGUUCAGGAUGGAGAGAAAGGAAAGACUAAAGGCAAGGAGCAAUCCAAAGAUUCAAGAGUCUAUAAGCCUUACUUCACCAAGGACAACGUUAAGAAAGCCAUGCUGGCUGCUUGGGGAGAUACAGAUUCAGAAGAAGAAGAGGAGGACCAACCAUCAGAAGAAACCGCUCAUUUAUGUCUAAUGGCAAAAACUGAUGAAGCUGCCAAACUAAAGGAGCUUGAGUCUGAGCUAUGGUUCUCUUACAAUCAAUUAAAACAUCUGUCUAAAGAGAAUCUAAUAAAUACUGUUUUAGAAAUUCAAGAAGAUUUAAAGGAAUUACAUAGAUCCAAACAGAUAAGUGAUAAAGCUUUAGUAACUUACAAAGAAAACAGUGAAUGGGUCGAUAACAUGAAGUUUGAUAUUCAAUACAGUGGAAAGAUAGGAAGGUCACGUUCCCAUGCCAUUGAUAAUGUAUUUUUACUCGAGGGCCUCAAACACAAUUUGUUGAGUAUUUCACAGUUCUGUGACAAAGGUAAUUAUGUCAGCUUUACUUCAAAUAAGUGUAGAAUCAUCCACAAUGACACUGGGAACAUUAUUUUAGAGGGAACUCGGAAAGGGAACACAUAUGUUGUGGAUCUUAAUGAGGUUCCUAAGAGUAGUUUAACAUGUCUUAGUGUUAUUGAGGAUGAUCCUCUUUUAUGGCACAGAAGAUUUGGCCAUGCAAGCUUUUCUUUACUUGAUAAACUAAGAUCUAAGAACUUAGUGGAAGGACUCCCUUGCAUUAAGUUCUUGUAUGACAAAGUGUGUGAAGCUUGUGCUAAAGGUAAACAGACCCGAAUUUCUUUCAAGUCCAAAAAGAUGAAAGAACAGAGAAGAACAGGGAAUCAUUUGAUAGAUCUUAGAUCAGACCAUGGAACAGAAUUUGAGAAUUCUAAAUUUGAUGAAUUAUGUACUGAGUAUGGCAUGGAUCACAAUUUCUCUGCCCCAAGAACUCCACAACAAAAUGGAGUGGUGGAACGCAAGAAUAGGAGUCUUGAAGACAUGGCAAGGACAAUGUUGAUAUCAAGCAGGCUGCCUAGGAACUUCUGGGCUGAGGCAGUGAACACAGCAUGUUAUAUACUCAACAGAGUAUCUGUUAGGGCCAUCACUAACAAAACUCCAUAUGAACUUAUGAAAGGGAAAAAACCUAAUAUUUCUUACUUUAGAUCUUUUGGUUGCAAAUGUUUUGUUCACAAUAAUGGUAAAAGAAACUUGGGAAAGUUUGAUGAACGUAGUGAUGAGGCAGAUUGUGAUGAUGAUUUCGAGAUUGGACUUGUGCGUACGCAGAAUCCAGAUGAGGAACCAGCAUCACUGCAGAAGCAGCAAGUUGAAAUUGCAGAAGUAACAAAUCCUGAAGCAAAUGCUGAACCAGAGUUGGAGAAUGCACCAGGAACUCCACUUCGAGAACAGAUUGAAAAUCAUAAUGAAGGCCAAAAUAUGGAAACUCCUUAA